GCGGCCCUUUCCCAUGGCAUAGUCUCCUCGAUUGUCCCGAGUGCAGACGUUGGAGUGAUAGCAGAGGUCACCGUGGCCCACUAGGACUAGGACCAGCGCAGCAAUGGCCCCUUGGCCCCUCAGCCUAGCCAUCCCCAUUCGUAUUCGAACUUCGAAGCUUCCUGUCCCCCUGCUUGUUUCCCAUCGAGCAGCUGCUCGCCUCCGCACGAUCACCGGCUCCGUGGCCCCCGAUUCAGCUAGCCCUGAGCCGUGCAGGAAUGGUGCAGCACUGGCGCAGAGCAGUUGUACAGGAGUGCCAGUCGAAGGCCCACACCGGGCCACUUGCGUGCGGAUGGCGUUGUCUGCCCAGCCCCUGAUUAGCCGGCCCAUUCCAAGCCCGUGCAACAUCACCACCUGCCUCAACACCAAAGGACAGAGAUCUUCUAGUUUCCCCAGCGAUCGGUUUCUAAACGGCAAAACAUCCCAAUUGAUCCGGGAUGUGAUAGGUCACCCGUCCGUCAGCGAGUGCGACCUUCCUCAGCAAAUCCCACCUCUGGGAUGCCAUUUCAGGGAAGACUUUUCGCCCGGCGUCAGAUGGUGCGAGUGCAGCCCCAUCUGGAAAUCCACAACGCCGUCAUCGCGUAGGCGUCGAACACUCCAACACACAUGUUCCCCAUCCUCGCAAAAGAAACGCACCCUAUUCUUCCGCCGGUAGUGCCGUCGUCGAGUCGUGCUGGUCCGUAGUCAGAUCAUCGCACUACAUAAGGGGAUUCCUGCCUCCCCCUUUCCCAAGCCUUCUAUUAGCCCUCCUCCCAGAAUAUUUAAUUCUGCGUUUCUCAAAGGCAAUUGUCACUCGCUUUCAUACCCGUCUUCUCAACUGCACUGUUCACUCGCUCAACAUGCAGACUUCACUCGCUCUCGCUGCCCUAGCCGCAGUUGCCUAUGCCAUCCCGCAAGGAGUCACUACAAACAUCACUCCCACCU